AUGCCUCAGAUCGAAGUGCUUGCAAACUCGACUUCGAUUAGGGCGCCAGGCUACACUCUGGUCCCUGACCAUGGACAAGGCACCGUUCAAGCAGCCGUACAGCCAACAGUCGGUCGGAAUAAACGCGGUACCAGAUUCGCAGGAACCGCUGGCGCAGAUACCACGGUCGCUCAACAGAAUGCUGUCCUGAAGCACUUGACCGACCUGGACAAAGACAGUCAAAGGGAUGUCCAGAUCGUUGUGCCAUCAAAGCAGAGGGAGAGCGCGGGGAAAGUACAGAAGAAGACCACGACGAAUGUCCGCCGCAUACUCAUGUCCCAAAAGACGUUUGCCAACCAUCUUGCCGAUGAGGAGGCAUUCCUUGCCCUACAACAGCAGCAUCCAUCCUCUGCCGCCCCUCGGGUACCAGCUCUGAAACCUUCCAGAUCUACGCCGAACAUGAAACGCUCUUCGACGUCAGAAGUGCAGUCCACAAAUGGGGGACCCUCGCAAACAGGCACUGUACGUGCUGGUGGAAUUGUCAACUCACGAGCCAAAGAUCCUCUGGACGAUGAGCCGUUGCUCAAAUCUCAGGUGCCCUCCGCGCCGUCAGACGAAGUAAUGGAGGCCCUUCUUUCAGGUCCUGCGCUAUCCUACAAUGCCGCCCGCGCAGCGCCUCCGCCUCCGGGGAAACCUCAAAGACACUUCUGCGAAAUCUGUGGAUAUUGGGGCACCAUCAAAUGCAUGAAGUGUGGAGCUAGGGUGUGUGGACUAGAAUGCAAAGGCGCGCAUGACGAUGGACGAUGCCUCAAAUUCUACGCCUAA